CUAAGCAUAUUGCGAAGGCUAUGAGGUGGCACAAGGAUAAUCGUGUUGACGAUGAUAUCCUUAGGCAUCCAGCAGAUGUACAGACUUGGAAAGAUUUUGAUGCAGCCCAUAAUUGGUUUGCUUCCGAUCCUAGGAACGUCCGACUGGAAUUGUUGAGUGAUGGGUUUAAUCCGUUUGGCAACAUGAGUACGAGCUACAGCAUGUGGCCUGUUGUUCUUACUCCUUACAAUUUGCCACCAUGGUACUGCAUGAAAGAGUCUUUUCUUUUUCUUACUGUCCUAAUACCAGGGAAGAAAUCCCCGGGUAAAAAUAUACAUGUGUAUUUGGAGCCAGUGAUUGAGAGUCUGAACGAGUUAUGGAAUCCUGGGGUCAAAGCUUAUGAUGCGUACUCUAAUGAAACUUUUCAGUUACAUGUUGCGCUUUUAUGGACCAUAAAUGAUUUUCCAGCUUAUGGUAUGUUGUGCGGGUGGAGUACUAAAGGUAGGUUAGCUUGUCCUGUCUGCAAUAGGGAGACAGACUACCUACGAUUACAGUUUGGCAGCAAAGAGUUCUAUUUGGGUCACCGUAGAUGGUUAGACAAAGAUCACCCAUGGAGGAGAAGUAGGAAAUUUGAUGGGAAGUCAGAUUUUAGAGCUAGGCCUCAAUUGUUAACUGGACAACAACUGCUUGACCAAGUUACUUUUGCUUUAGGCAGUGAGCAGGCCAGUAGUAGUCGCAAAAGAAAAAGGGGUGCCUCAAAUCCUAGUUUAAACUGGAAAACCAAAGCUGCUUUCUGGGGUUUGCCUUAUUGGACUAGUAUUGCAUUGCGGCAUAACUUAGAUGUUAUGCACGUGGAGAAGAAUAUCAGUGAGAAUCUGCUAGGAACCCUGAUGAACAUUGAAGGGAAAACAAAAUAUGACAUGACUGUUACGCUAGAUUUGAAGAACAUGGGAAUACGGAAAGAGUUGCACAUUGACAGAACUGGGGCUAAGCCUUGUUUACCUCAGGCCUGUUAUUCAUUAUCGGUCUCGAAACAACGUGAAGUGUGUGAGUGGUUGAAAACCAUAAAGUUUCCCGAUGCAUAUGCAUCCAACAUAUCACGUUGUAUCAUUAGUGAUGGGCGGUCUGUGACUGGCAUGAAAAGUCACGACUACCAUGUUUUCAUAUAGCGUUUAUUGCCAGCAGUGGCACAAGGUUUCUUGAAGAAAGAAGUAUAUGUCGUCUUGGCUGAACUAAGCCAAUUUUUUAGAGAGCUAUGUUCGAAAACCAUAUCCAAAUCUUCUGUCCACACCUUGCAAAAGAACAUAAUCUUAAUUAUGUGCAAACUAGAGUUGGUCUAUCCUCCAUUGUUUUUUGUCAUAAUGAUGCAUCUUGCAAUUCAUCUUCCUGACGAGAUAAUGUUCGGCGGUCCAGUUCAAUAUAGGUGGAUGUAUCCAAUGGAAAGGUACAUAGGCAGUCUUGUUUGUUUGUAUUGGCUUAAUGUUUUAAGUUUCCUUUUCACUAAGUUAACAUGUGUUUCUGUAUUCACUUGUACUAAGGUUCUUAGGGAAAUUGAAAAAACUUGUCACAAAUAAAGCACAUGCAAAGGGAUCCAUUGCUGAAAAAUAUAUCGCUAAAGAGUGUUUUGAAUUCUGUGCGAGAUACCUUGACGGGUUUGAGUCGGUGGAGACUCGUUUAGAUAGAAAUGAUGAAGGGCCUCAUGUACAUGGUGAAGGUGGGUUUUCUAUUUUCAAUCAGGAAACUAGACCUUUAGGUGGUGCUAAAUAUGAGAUUCUAAAGCGUCCAGAGUUUAACAAGAUUCAAACCUACAUACUAAAUAAUUGGGAAGAGGGGAGGAUUGCUUCAAGUAAGUUACAUUGUAUUUCACAUUAAUUUCUCUUCUAGUGCGUAGAUAGUACAAGUUCACUUUUUAUAGUUAAAUGUCUGAUCACACAUGAAACUCCUGACAGCAUGUGUUCCGAGGAGAUGAAGAAGAAUAAUCCGAAUUCUACAUUCACGGCUAUUGCAGAAUUUUUCCCAAAAUGGUUAAAAACUUAUGUAAGCUGUGGUCAAUUCUAUAAAUCGAUACUUAUAAUGAUUUUCUCUUUGUUGUUUUGAGUUCAAGUUUUCCUGGGAAAUUCUAACUAUGCCUUGCUGGUUUUUUAUUUUAUUUUAUUUUAUAUAGGUUACAAAGUUGUUUGCCUCUAGCUCCCUUGGCCAGAAUGACCAUUUAUACAUUCUAGGUAUAGGUGCAGAUGAGAGAAUAACUAGAUAUGCGGGUUUAAUUGUAAAUGGUGUUCGGUUUCAAAUUCAUGACGUAGAUAGUAAACGUAGUACUCAGAAAUCGCCAUUUGUACAUGCAAUGCAGUCAAAUGCCCAUUGAUACGAGUAAGUUAUGACAUACCGCGUGAAGGAUAAUCUCUUGUUCCUAGAAUAGCAAGUUGAGGGUAUCGGGUUACCUGGGAGGUCUGGCCGAGCACUGAAACCCCAACCCGAAAUACCGGUCUUGAUUAUUUGGAUUGUCUAGUACUUAUGCGGUUUUGUUUUGCGGGAGAAUCAUUAUGCAAUCAAUAGACAAAAACUACAAUUCCUAAACCUCUCUCUCUCUCUCUCUCUUGCCAAACUUUUCUUAUCCCAAUUCUCCUCAAAUCUUCUUCAUCUCUUCUUCUUCAAUCCCACGCCGUCAAUAGGGGUGACAAACGGUAAGCCGGUAAUCGGUUUACUGUUGUACCAAACCGAUAACUGGCGGUAUCGGUAUCUGAGUGUGUAAUUGGGGAAUUUGAUUUACCGGCCCCAGUUACGAUAAAUACCAACGGUAAGUCGGUAAUACCAAUACCGGGACCAGUACGCUGCGCGCCGAUUAUCCUCCUAUCCAACUACUCUGGCGUGCACGCCUCCGCCAUCCGCCUCCGCGUCAGCACCCUGUACGACCGAGGAUCCACUGCCAACACCUUGUUCCUCUUCCCACGGGGGAUCACUCCCUGCCCUUUCUCGCGUCGAAUCGCAUUCAUCUUCUUCGAUUUGGGGGAAACUAUGUUCCAUCGCUACUUCCAGGUCCCCCGAUACUCCCUUGUCGCCCCCGUCAUCGGCUUUUCCGCCUACAACGCUGCCAAGAAUUUCACAAAGAGCCUCAUCUUAACCUCCACUGUGGGCUCGAUCUUGGUCUGAUUCCAGCACGCAUACGCCAACAAUUCGAAAAUUAGGUGAGUGAAAUUCGCAGAGGGCGGUUUGGUCUAGUUUCGAAAUAUCACUAAGGAUUUGAUAUGCGAGACGGAGGGGCCAGGGCAGUUCACGGUGGUGGUGCGGGAGGUCGAGGGGGAGAAAAAGGCGAUGGCGUUGUAGAGGGCAAUAACAAUAGUGGCGGCGGCCGUUGCAGCAAUUUGCAUGGUGGUAAUUGCGGUGACGAGCUACAAGAUGGCGAGGAGUAGUAGGAUUGGCCCAAUCUGAAGGGAGAGUAACUUCAGUCAAUAUAAACCGACCCGAAAACCAUCUCAAGAAACUUCUUACGGUAAAUCGGUAAAACCGGUUACAAACCGGUAACCGUAAUCAAUUUCCCCCCUCCCAUGCUCGACAUACCGUUUAUCGGUUACCGACCAAUUGUCACCCCUAACCGUCAACAAAUUGGUAUAAGAGCCUCGUUGAACUCUUCAUAGUUCUCGAUGGAGGCUGUGUUCCAGAAGUACUUACAGUUCGUAGAAGGCAUGCACGAGAGUUAGUGGCGGAUACAUCGUGGACACCCCUAAAAUUUGGGAAAACGAUUAUCCAACUCUCGGUAGUAGUUUCGUAUAGAUAAACAAAAUAUAAUUGGUAGUCAGUG